AUGUCGACUCCUUCCUCUUCUCGACCUCUGUCAGUUCCAAUGGAUUCACCAUCACCAGACUCAUUUCGCGGGCGGUCAGGAAGUCCAUCUUCAAGAGAUAAAUCAACAGCUCGAUUAGCUUCACCAGUACCUUCUCAUCAGGGCACUCCACAAGUCCGACAAAUACCUACCCCAAAUCAGGCCUCUGCGGCAGACUCAUCCGAUAACAUUGCUCCUCUACCUCUGGCUGGCGCAGGUGGUCCAGCAUCUUAUGCGCCUGGCCCAGGUAUUAGUGCCUUAGCCGCUGCUCUAUCAAACUCUAUCGGACAGACUCCUCCUACCUUUGGAACACCUCCUAUCCGUCCAUUAUCACCAGCCGCUGCCGGUAAACAAAUACAAGGUACAGGAGUAUAUAGCAACUAUGGCUCUGUGCCGCGAUCAGUUCAAGGGGGACAAGGAUGGGCUGGCCCGACAGCCUACGAGGACCCGGAAAUUAUAAAGAGGCAUCUGGUACAACAGGGACCUUCGCAGCUAGGAGGUGAUGGUACCGCUGAUGGAAUCUUUGGACUAAGUGGACAAUCACCGUCAUUCCGUGCCGGCUCCCCAGCUAGUACAUCAAAGCAAGCAGUUGAAAAUGUAGCACCUGGACUAGAUGAUGAUGAAUUCUCGAGUCUGCGAUUACAAGGUGGUGAUAUUACCAGACCCAUAUACAGAUGGACCGAGGAUGCCCACAGAGCAAGCCGAUCUCAGAGAAGUAAGAGUUUCCAUAUCUCGCGACCAGAAGCAGAAAACGAAGUUCUUGAUAUUGGCACAAUCAAAGUGCCAGGUGGAUUUAGAAGAAACUAUCUACGCAGAGCAGCAGGCAGUCCAACUCCUGAAGGUUUGGAUAUGGAAGAGGGCGGAGGGCUCACACAACGAAACCCAAAGAUAUUUACCAACAACUUUCUCGAGUUUUUGACUAUUUACGGCCACUUUGCUGGUGAGGAAUUGGAGGAAGACGACGAGGUGCUUGGACCUGACGAAUACUUCGGAUCGGAUGCGAUAUCUGAUGAAUAUGGCGAUGGUAGUGAUGAAGAUAGAGAGCCCAUGGAAAAUAGUGCUCUGCUCACACCUGGUCGCCGAAAAAGAAAGCGCAAGGAGCGCGCACCACAGGGAACAACCACUCCUUUCCAAGCUUCAUUAUUACUGCUCAAAUCUUUCGUUGGUACUGGCGUGUUAUUCUUACCGAAGGCGUACCUCAACGGCGGAAUGCUUUUCAGUAAUGUCAUUCUUCUUUUAGUUGCAGCUCUGAGCUAUUACUGCUUCGUGUUGCUCGUCAAUACGCGACUAAAGGUCGAGGCGUCGUUUGGAGACAUGGGAGGCGUUCUGUACGGGAGAUGGAUGCGAACCGUCAUUCUCACAUCCAUCGUUAUCAGUCAGAUGGGAUUCGUGGCUGCAUAUAUUGUGUUCACAUCCGAGAAUCUGCAAGCUUUCAUAUCAGCUGUGACUAAUUGCAGAGUUCACUGGGAGGUCUCGUGGUUGAUUUUGUUACAGAUGGCUAUUUUCCUGCCGUUCUCUCUUUUGCGCGACAUCAGCAAGCUCGGGUUUACCGCACUCGUAGCAGAUGCGUUCAUUCUCAUCGGCUUGGUUUAUCUCUACUACUACGACAUUUUCACAAUUGUGAAACAAGGUGGCAUCUCUGACAUCGUCAAUUUUAAUGAGCAGGACUGGACAUUGUUCAUUGGCACCGCCAUUUUCACUUUCGAAGGAAUUGGUCUCAUCAUCCCUAUUCAAGAAUCCAUGAAGAAUCCAAAGAAGUUUCCUCCCGUUCUCGGCAUUAUCAUGAUCAUCAUCAGCGUAGUAUUCGUCUCCAUGGGUGCUCUCUCCUACGCUGCAUUUGGAUCUCAUAUAGAAACAGUUGUCCUUCUCAAUCUUCCUCAGAACGACAAGAUGGUUAAUGGUGUCCAAUUCCUCUAUUCGUGCGCCAUUCUUCUGUCGACCCCCCUACAAAUCUUCCCAGCUAUCAGAAUCACUGAAAAUGAACUUUUCACCAGAAGCGGUAAAUACAACCCUUACAUCAAAUGGCAGAAGAACAUUUUCCGUUUCUUCGUUGUUGCCCUGUGCGCGUCCAUCGCAUAUGUUGGUUCCAAUGAUCUGGAUAAAUUCGUUUCGAUCGUGGGAAGUUUCGCUUGUAUUCCGUUAGUAUUUAUAUACCCGCCAAUGCUACAUUACCGAGGUGUAGCCAAGACGCGUUUCCGGAAAGGAGCAGACAUCUUACUUUGUGUAUUCGGCUUGGUGGUCAUGGUAUACACUACAUCAUUGACCAUCAUUAGUUGGACGAGUGGGGGUGAUAAAGUCCCGAAUGUGGGAUACUGUGAUAGGAAGGAUAGAGCAGGAGAGUUGCCAAUGUUCUAG